AUGUUCGUCUCGUCUCUCUUCUUGCCGCUGUGCGGUCUCCUAUGGAUGGCACCAGCAAUGACAUUUGGAGCCGAAAUGGAGAUUCCAUUGGUAUCGGUACGCCGGUCGGUGGACAUGUCGAUUCUACGGCGCAACUUAACGGACGGCUGCCAGUACGACGGCGGUACCAUCGUCCUGGGUGGUCCAUCCUCUCUAGAACAAGAUGGCGGCAUGUAUUACUUUGCCAAUCGACUCCUACUGGCAGCCUACCUGAUGCUGGGUCAUAUUAAUCAAGAACAAUGUGGUCUUGAGAUUGAUGGGCGCAAUUACAAGGUGGACUUUCAAGCGUACGAUGACAAGUCCGAUUUGGACGUUACUUCCGCCAUUGGACGCAAGUUAGUCAGCUCGCCCUUUUCCUCCUCCACUACUGAAAGUACAAGUGGCAUUGACUUGAUUGUGGCGGGCUACACGAGUUACUUGACCGCUCCAUUGGGCGCAGUGGUGGCGGAGCACAAUCAACAGUCACUGCCGCACGACAAGAAACUCAUGGUGGCUGGCGCGGCCGGCGUUUCUUCCAUUUUCCACAAGGAUCCUUCCAUUUUCGGCACCAUUCCUCCGGCGGGUGAAUACUUGCGGAGUGUCAUUCAAGGUCUUCGCGAACAAACAUCCGCUCGGACACUGGCGACUGUUUGGGAAGAUGUUGGAUUUCCCACUCAAGUCUGUGCACCGGUUCCAGAACUCGCGCAAGAAUUCGACCUCGAGUUGGUGGCGCAUGUCCAAGUACAAGUCGAUCCCAACACGACGGCAUUGUUGCCGACUGCCGAACGUCUCCAAGAACUCGAUCCCGAUGUCGUGAUUUCGUGUUUGCACGAAUGCGAUCCAUGGAUGAACGCCAUGCGACAAGUGGACUGGUCGCCCAAAGCGCAAGUCUUUCUCAUUUGUGUGGGGGCGGAUGGAUUCCGGCAAGCGGUGGGAACAGAUGUCGAAUAUAUCAUGGGCGUCGAACCGUGGCACGAAUCCGUCGUCGCCACCGAUGCGCUCACGGGAUGGUCCACACAAGAAUUUGGAGCUCGCUACAAGGCAUUGUCUUCGGAUACCACCGUUCACAAUUUGGUCGCCAAUGCCGCUGCGGCCAUUUCCAUUGCGCUGCAAGCCAUGCAAGCCGUGGGAUCCUAUCAAAAUGUGACCCUCUUGACCGAGUACAUGCUUCAAACCACCUUUCAAACCAUUGUGGGAGAAGUGUCCUUUGAUGAAUACGGCCAAAAUGCCGCUCCCACGGCACUCAUUCAAUACAAUGCCAGUGGACAGGUACGGGUCACCUAUCCACUCGACAAGGCCAAUGGACCCAUUCUCUAUCCCAUGCCGACAUGGGAUGGACGAGACUGUAUUCACGAAUCGGAUUGUACCAAAACGGGAAAUACAUGUUCGCGCGAGGGAGUCUGUAUUUGUAAUACUGAUAGCGCAGAAGUGGAAUUGAUUUCGGUCGGAUUUGGAAGUACCGCCGAGUGUGUCGAACUCUAUCAAACCAGUGCCUGGGACAAUCCCGGGGUCAUUGCCGGUGUCACUAUUGCUUGUGUCGCCAUGGUCGCCAUGAUUGCCGCCGUGGUCGUCUUGCUCCAGCAAAAAAAGACGGCUGAUACGUACUGGAGAGUCGCCAAGGAAGAACUUCACUUUGCAACUCCUCCUGUUGUGGUGGGAAGAGGCAGUUUUGGGGAAGUCUUGUUGGCCGAAUACAGAGGAACCGAAGUGGCGGUCAAACGGAUUGUACCACCGGAACAAACUACUACGAAACGAUCCAAUGCCGGAACCACCAGCACGCUCGAAAUGCCGGUGCCGGGUGGCGCCACCAACAAUGGACAAGACUUGGAAGCUGGCAAUAACAAUAAUAAUAUUGGCAAAUCAUCCUGGGCCAACAUGUCCUUGGGGGGUGGAACCAAGAGUGCUACGGCAUCUGCCAUCCGCAAUACUAUCACCAAUGCCAAAGAGGGAAGUGGCGGGGCAAAAAUUGACAGGAAACAGCUUGAAAAGAACUUGAUGGAAGAACUGAGUUACCUAUCCAAGCUACGUCACCCGUGUAUUACAACCGUGAUGGGGGCUGUGAUUACCCCGGGAGAAGAGCCAUUGAUGGUCAUGGAGUACAUGGAUCAUGGCAGCUUGUUUGACAUUCUGCAGAACAACACAAUGGUCUUUGAAGGGGACACACUACUGAACAUCUUGAGGGAUGUAUCUCAGGGGAUGAGAUUUCUCCAUGCAUCAAACCCUGCUGUCAUUCAUGGGGAUUUAAAAGCUGCGAAUAUCUUGGUGGACAAGAACUUUAGAGCCAAGGUGUCUGAUUUUGGAUUGUCCAGCAAGGCAGAAGAAGAUGGAAAGGCAGCAGGCACACCGUUUUGGAUGGCACCAGAACUCCUCCGUGGUGAAACUGUCAACACUCGAUCCAGUGAUGUGUACAGUUACGGAGUGAUGGUAUAUGAGGUGUACUCUCGGAAAGAACCGUAUGAAGGCGAAAAUCCAGCAGAUGUAUUGAGCCUAGUUGCUGACCGCGCUGUAAACAAACGCCCUCCAGUUCCAAAGGGGUGCCCAGCACAAAUACAAAGUCUCCUGAGUGACUGCCUUGGAGCAUUGCCGGAUGAGAGACCCACCUUUGAAGAAAUCAACACACGCCUCAAACGCAUGGAUGGCAAAAUGGUCCAAGCAGACCAGAACGCCACCAGAUCCGCUACAGUAUCUCUCUUUGACAUCUUUCCUCGACACAUUGCAGAGGCAUUGCGAGAUGGACGUGAGGUAGAUUCUGAGCACAAGGACUGUGUCACCAUUUUCUUUUCCGAUAUCAUUGGAUUUACCACUAUUUCAUGCAAGCUUCCUCCAAAGAAGGUGGCCAAUCUGCUGGAUCGUCUCUACACUAAACUCGAUGCACUGAGCAACAAGUUUGACAUCUUCAAGGUGGAGACAAUUGGCGACGCCUACAUGGCUGUGACCAACCUUGUCAAGAACCAAGAAUCCGACCAUGUAGCGCGCAUGGCAAACUUUUCCGCGGGAGCCAUUGCUGCAGCAAACUCAACCUUGAUUGAUAAGGACGAUCCAAGUCAGGGUUAUGUACACAUUCGCGUCGGGUUCCAUUCUGGUUCGGUUGUCGCAGACGUUGUUGGCACCAGAAACCCCCGUUACUGCUUGUUUGGAGAUACAGUCAACACAGCCAACCGCAUGGAAAGUACUUCUGUAGCGAACAAAAUUCAUUGCUCUGAGCGCUCAGCCAAACUUCUCCGGAAACAGGACAGUUCUGCGAAACUAAUUUGCCGAGGAAAUGUCGAUAUCAAAGGGAAAGGGAAAAUGUUGACUUUCUGGGUUGACACAAAGUCUGUCUCGCAACGUGCAUUUGCCAUCCCAGAGUCUCCUCCUGAUGACGGUGAUUUCUCUAAAUUUGCCGGGGACAGAGAGGAGCAGCACCCGCAGAAUUCAGCUGAGGAAUCGUCAGAUGCGUUCUGCGACGAGAAUAUUGAAGUGUGA